CCAGCGUGAUCUCGGACUGAGGGGUCUGCGCCGUGGGCAAGGAGCAGGGAGGCCACUGCGGCUCCCCCACCCCCGGCGCAAGCGUGCAUGAGCGCGGUGCGUCCUAAACGGUCUGCGAUGUUGGGGUCGGCGCCUUGCUCCAGGAGGUUUUUCUCACUGGAUCUCAGAGUAUCCAGGCCCCCUCCACCAUGGCCAGCCGGGGUGGGGGCCGGGGUCGUGGCCGAGGCCAGUUGACCUUCAACAUGGAGGCUGUGGGCAUUGGGAAGGGUGAUGCUUUACCCCCACCCACUCUACAGCCUUCUCCACUCUUCCCCCCCUUAGAGUUCCACCCAGUGCCUCUGCCUCCGGGAGAGGAAGGCGAGUAUGUUCUGGCACUGAAGCAAGAGCUGCGUGGGGCCAUGAGGCAGCUCCCAUACUUCAUCCGGCCAGCUGUCCCCAAGAGAGAUGUGGAACGGUACUCAGACAAGUACCAGAUGUCUGGGCCGAUGGACAGUGCCAUUGACUGGAACCCUGAUUGGCGGCGUCUACCCAGAGAGCUCAAGAUUCGAGUUCGGAAACUACAGAAGGAACGGGCCACCAUUAUACUCCCCAAGAGGCCCCCUAAGACCACAGAAGAGAAGGAGGAAACAAUACAGAAGCUGGAGACUCUAGAGAAGAAGGAGGAGGACGUGACUUCAGAGGAGGACGAAGAGAAAGAAGAAGAAGAAGAAAAGGAAGAGGGGGAGGAAGAGGAGUACGAUGAAGAAGAGCAUGAAGAGGAAACUGAUUAUAUCAUGUCAUAUUUUGACAAUGGAGAGGACUUUGGAGGUGACAGUGAUGACAAUAUGGAUGAGGCUAUAUACUGAAAAUCUGGGCGCCUAUACCCUUCCUGAUUUUCCAUAUAGGGUCUAAAACUGUUUAGGGUUUCCCCUCUUUUUGUUCUUACUGGUUUUGAGAUAGGAUCUCACAUAGUUCAAGCUAGCCUGGAACUCAGUAUGUAGCUGACGUUGAUCCUGAACUCUUGAUCCUACUACCUCCACCUUCCAAGUCUUGAGAUUACUGCACCAUCACACCAGACUUCCUAUGAUUUACCCUUGUGGGGGAAAAUCAUAGUCAGAAUCCAGGUGACCUGACUGUUCCCUGGGGGGG